UCCCCACCCCCCGUUGAUUCCUGUGUGCUUGGCAAAGCUGUUUUUGUUUCGGGGAAUGCCUCUUGUUCUUUAGGUGCCUGAAUCGGAGAGUUGUCUUCUGUCUAAGCCUCCGGAUCUCGGCACGUGGGGAGAAAACGAUCCUCUAAUCCGGCGGAUUUCUCUUUUGCACCUUUCCCCCUGCCCUUUUGGUCUCUGUGGGAUUGGAUACGGCCAAGGGAUUUCAGAGGCGGCGGCGGCGGCGGCGGCCCCUCCAGGCCAGUCAGGGAGGGGAGGGAAGAGCGACGCAGCCGCUACCGGGGGAAGACGCUCGGCUUCCGGGCGCCGAGGCCCGGCGCGGGUGGGUGUCGGACUUCGUCGCUGCCACGGUGUCUGCUGCGGGCAGAGAGCAACAGAGACCGCGGAGAAGCCCGACCUGCUCCACGACGAGCCGCCCUGAUCCGAUCCCCGCGGCCAGGCCCCCUGCAUGCAGCCCUCACCCUGGAGCGGAGGCGGCGGAUCGAGGAGCUCUCGCGAUCCUCCCGGCAGCGGCUGCUCCAGUCCAGGGACAGGAUGUUCUCCAAGUUCACCUCCAUCCUGCAGCACGCCGUGGAGGCGCUUGCACCCUCUCUUCCAUUGCAAGAAGAUUUUGUUUACCACUGGAAGGCGAUCACCCAUUAUUACAUAGAGGCUUCAGAUGACAAAGCUCCUGUAACGGAUACGAACAUUCCGUCCCACCUGGAGCAAAUGUUGGAUAUUUUAGUUCAGGAAGAAAAGGAGAGGGACUUUGGGGAAACGGGGCCUUGCAUGGAAUAUCUGCUACAUCACAAGAUCUUGGAGACUUUGUACACCCUGGGCAAGGCCGAUUGUCCUCCAGGCAUGAAACAGCAGGUUUUGUCUUUUUAUACAAAGCUUCUGGGAAGAAUACGACAACCUCUUCUCCCACAUAUAAAUGUACACAGGCCUGUGCAGAAAUUAAUCAGACUUUGUGGUGAAGUCCUGGCAACACCCACAGAAAAUGAAGAAAUCCAGUUUCUUUGCAUAGUGUGUGCAAAGUUGAAACAAAAUCCAUACUUGGUUAACUUCUUCCUAGAGGUAAAUCAAGAUCCUGUCCUACACACUUCCAGGAGGCAGAAUAAGCUAAAAGGGCUGGCUUCAAAAGGUUCUGCAAGCUUAAUUACAGAAGACAUGCUAAGAGGUCAAGAUUCUGAGGCCGGACAGUCUGUUGAAGAAACAUCAAGUGGAGUGGAACAAGCAGCAAGAGAAAAUGAUCUUCCUCAGCAGGCAGAUGACCUGUCCGCAAGUCUAGAAGAAUUGAAUAUCCCUUCAUCCUCUGAGUCUUUGUCUUUUCAUCCACAUGGGGACUAUAAUUUGGUGAAUUCUCUGCUCAGUCUCACCAAAAGUCCGGAUGGCCGAAUAGCUGUGAAAGCUUGUGAAGGCCUCAUGCUUCUAGUAAGUCUGCCUGAGCCCGCCGCCGCCAAAUGUUUAACACAGAGUACAUGCUUAUGUGAACUGCUGACAGACAGACUGGCAUCCCUCUACAAAGCUCUUCCUCAUUCGAUGGAUCCCUUAGAUAUUGAAACUGUGGAGGGCAUUAACUGGGGCUUGGAUUCCUACAGCCACAAAGAAGAUGCGUCUGCCUUUCCAGGGAAAAGAGCCCUGAUUUCAUUUUUAUCCUGGUUUGAUUACUGUGAUCAACUCAUUAAGGAAGCUCAGAAGACAACUGCUGUUGCCAUGGCAAGCUCAGUGCGGGAAAGUUUUUUUGUUGGUGUCAUGGAACCCCAGCUGAUGCAAACUUCAGAGAUUGGCAUUCUCACAUCAACUGCCUUGUUGCAUCGUAUUGUUCGUCAAGUCACUUCCGAGGCUUUAGUGCGUGAGAUGGUUUGCUUCAUCCUUGGAGAGCAGAGGCAGCCUGAAAAUGUGACUGACAUCAACAGACACCCUUUGCGACAUCGCUUAAUUGAGCACUGCGAUCACAUUUCAGAUGAGAUCAGCAUAAUGACUCUCAGAAUGUUUGAGCACCUUUUGCAAAAGCCAGACGAGCACAUUCUUUAUAACUUGGUUCUUAGAAAUUUAGAGGAGAGGAACUAUACAGAAUAUAAACUACCCUGCCAAGAAGAUAAAGAUGUGGUGGAGAACGGCCAGAUAGCAGGAGCUGUAGACUUAGAAGAAGAUCCUUUAUUUACUGAUCUUUCUCCUGAUACCAUGCUGUCAAACCAGGAGUGGCUUAGUGCUUCUCCACCUGCCAGUCCAGAACAUCCGAAAAAUGAUGGGAAGACUGAAGUUCAUAAAAUUGUAAAUAGUUUUCUCUGUUUAGUACCAGAUGAAGCCAAAUCUUCCUACCAUGUGGAGGGCACAGGUUAUGAUACCUACCUCAGAGACGCCCAUCGACAAUUCCGAGACUACUGCGCGAUAUGCUUACGAUGGGAAUGGCCAGGUUCUCCUAAACCUUUGGAAAAGUGCAAUUUAGAAGCUUCAUUCUUUGAAGGACAUUUCCUGAAAGUUCUCUUUGAUAGAAUGGGCAGAAUUCUUGAUCAGAAGCAGCAAUGGGCAGUGACUUUCAGGCAGACGUACCACAGCAAAAUACCACAAUCUUUUCACACAUCUGUGUUCAUGUUUUGUCCAUAUGAUGUCAAUUUACAAGUCACAUCCGUGUUGUCCAAACUUUCUUUGUUUCCUCAUCCACACAUCCAUGAAUACCUUUUGGAUCCCUACGUCAAUCUGGCUUCUGGCUGCCGCUCUCUUUUUUCAGUAAUUGUCAGGGUUGUUGGGGAUCUCAUGGUGAGGAUCCAGCGCAUACCUGAUUUCACGUCUAAACUUCUCCUGGUCAGGAAGCGUCUCCUUGGCUUAGAGCCAGAAGGGCCCAUUGUUGACCACAUGACAUUGCUAGAAGGUGUGAUUGUAUUAGAAGAGUUUUGUAAAGAACUGGCUGCAAUUGCGUUUGUGAAAUACCAUGCAUCAUCCACGCCAUAAGCAGCUACCUUGAGUGUCCAAACUGCAAGAUCAUCUUGUGUUUCAAUCUGAAAAGACUAAUAACUCUCCCCAGGCAAGAAAGGAAAAAGCAAAGCAUUGGCAUCCAUUCAAAUGGUAGUGCUGUUUUUUUAAUUCAUUGGCACUGACUCUCUGGAUAUAAGAAAAUGGGUGUUUUGCCUACAACACAAUCAAAAGGACAUUGACAGAACAAACCAAGCUCAAAGAGCUAUGCACAUCAAGACUUUAAGGGGUUUUCUUGUUUUAGUCACCUUCUAGGAGGCAGGAGUUUUUAUAUCCUUUAGGGUUCAUAUGUUUGUUUGUUUUAAUAGUUUUUGUCUCAUAGCUGAGUUAUUUUAUCCCUUUAAUGGAAACCAAUAAGCAAUUAAAGCAUUUUAAAGUAUUUAAAAUAACAUAUAAAAAUAAGAGGCUGCAGAUGCACAAGCAGCUUCAAAUGAAAAUGAGAUCAUUUUUCUUUGUGUCUUUCAUAUUGUUUGAGCCCUUUAUUCACUGUUUAUUACAAAUGUAUCUGUUACACUAGUGUAACAGGUGAUCACACGUAUACUCAAGUGUUGGUUUCCCUUGAGUCCUUUGUUCUCCUUUGUUAUACUUCAUAACUUUAUUUGCCUUCUCUUUCAUAUUGGAGCCCUAGCUUGCUUGAUCCAAAUGUCUAUUUACAGGAAUGGUAAUAAUACAGGAUACUUAAUAGGACAGGUUUUCCUUAGAUAUGUCUGUGAUUAAUUGGCUGAGGAGUAUCUUGUGCCUUGAUGAUUGGCAGUAUCAGUGUUUUGUGAUUUUAAAAUACUUUAUUGCUUAUCUAAUUGAAUGGCUGUAGCAUCCAGGCCAAGGGAUGGCUGAUAUUGCUUCUCGCUGAUGCUACUUUUUAAUAAUGUAUAUAGUGUCAAAUUCUUUGUAGGCUGUUGCAUGCCUUGUGUUGCAAAAUUUGUGAUCUUAUUGUUUGCAACAGGAAUGCAUUGUAAACAAAGGAUCCCGUUAUUCCGUUAUAAUCUGUUAUCAGUUAGAUUGGCCAAUCUAGGACAGACACUGGAGCCAGCUGUCCCUCCCUUUCUUGCAUUUUAUUCACCAGUGCCAGUCUCUUCUUAGGCAAAACUCCAAGCCACUAUACUGUCUGCCAUGAGUUGGAAAGAGAUACUAUAAGAAACAUGUGGUGGUGGUAACCAUGUGUGGAGAGGCUAGCUUGGCUAUAUUACUCAUUUAAAAAGCUAGAAGAGCACAGGUGAUUGGCUGAUCAGAUUUGGCUUGUGGGCUGGCAGGGUGAUUGUAGGUUGCUGACUAUUGGAGUUGAGUUGAAAAUACACUGGCUCAAAGUGAUGAGGGAGAUUAGCUACACGUGUUUAAUGCUAACCUGUGGAUUAAUCGUGGCAUAGCGCUGUGUCUGAAUCCAGCCAAAGAGUUGUCUUUUAUUACAGGAGAAGCUCAGCCAAAUAACAGCCUGACUGAGCAAAUUCAUGUGUACCCUCUGAUCAUCAAGGUACUUGCCUUCUUUGCAGAAAUUGGUAGCACAGUGAAGAUGGUUUUUUAAUGUCCUUGUGCAUCAAAUUUCUGAACUGGCUCACAAAUGCAACUGGAGAAAGUAAAUAUAAGGAAAGGGUUCACUUAUUUUCUGAGCAUAAGAUGGACAUUAGGAAGUAAAUAAACAACAUAGCAUAUGGAAACAGGCCACCUGAAAAAGUUUUUACCUUUUUAACAUGGCAGGUAAAAUGAAUAAAAAUAAAUAAGGUAGGAUAUAGAUUAUGUUGUUAAAUAGGAAUGAUAGUGAUUAAUGCAAUGUGUGUUAAUCUGGGCCUCUUCAGUACAACAGCACUCGAGCAAAUAUCUGAAAAUUGAUCAUGUGCCUAAAUCUCAAGUUAAGUUCCUAAGACUCGGGCAUAUGCCACAGAGAAGAUGCUUGAGCUCCAUAUGCUUUGCUGAUGCUCUGUCUUGUGCUGAAAUCUACAACCAACAUUCUCUAGAGAAAACCCGUGGGAAGUUCACUGAAGUCAGUGAGAUGUCUGCAGCAGUGCCCCAAAGUAAGUGGGAGGCAGCCUUAAUUUUUAAAGUUUUCCUGGAGGUGGUAGUACUGUUUUCAUUCUUUUCUAAAAUAUUUUUAAAGCAGUCCUAUGCCCUGUUUCAGAUGUACAUUUGGAAGAAUAUAAUUACUCAAAAGUAUAUGGAGUAAAAUUUAUUUCUCAAACUUGUGUACUGUUAAACCUUUCUAAUUCUCUACAAUUCUAAAGCUAUUCAGACUACAUUGCACUUCAUUUUCAAAUUUGGUUUUUGUGUAAAGACUAUAUCUGUUCAAGCAGAAUUGUACAACAUGCAAGUUCACUUUACUUUUAAAAAUGUCAAGAUCCAAGUUUGAUUGCAUAGGCCAGGCAUAUUGAAGAUAAGAACAUAUAUUGAACACAUGAAUAUUUAGUUGGCCAGUAAGCCCCAGUGAUGUCAUUUCAACAACUAACAUUGUCCCAUGCCCUUUUAAGAGUUAAGAUGUGGACUUGUCAUGAUACAUAUCACAAAACUAGGAAAAGCUUUAACCCUUUCUCUCUUCAUGGGAGUUGCUUUUAUGGACCCAUGCAUUAUAGCAGCUACUUCUUAUUUUUGUAAAAAUGAUUUCCUUCCCAAACCAAGUUGUUUAAUUUUUAUAUCUUUUCCCCCCAUGCACUUUUAUUUUAAAGGCUGGUAUAGUCCUUGUUUAAAUUGUUUAAAUCUAUGCAUGUCAUAACCCUCCCUGUUCCAACUAGAGAGAGAGAGAGAGAGAGUGAGUGUGUGUGUGUGUGUGUGUAAGUGCGCGCAUGUGUGUAGAUGCAUGUGUCGUUAUUUAUUAUCCACCAGAGAACGUAUAAUCUGCUUUCCAGAAGUACUGAGCAACCACCAGUUGUAAAGAUGUUAGUGGUAGCUAUUGGGUUCUCAGUAUCAUUAAAAUACAACAAACAGUGUUUAUGUAUGUGGAUGGAUGGGGAAAGCUGGAAUCGCUUGAGUUCCAUGAUGCAGAUCCAAUUUUAAUUUUUACAUAAAUAAAAUGUAUGUAAAUAAAGGCACCUUUUUCACUUUUUUGCUAUCUAUUGUAUGUAUUUAAUUUAGCUUAUUCUGUAAUAAGCAACAUGCUGCAUCUAGAAAAACAGCCAUUUCUCCUUAGUCUGUUUUUAUUAUGGUUGUAGAUGUCUGCCUACUACUCUGAUCUUUUCUAUGCAUUCUCAUAUAAUGUGUUCAUCGGUGCAAUAUGGGAGCUGUGAUACUAGCCACAGCUUCAGCCUGGUUGUACAUCAUCUGUUUACGUGUGUAUAUUUGUAUACUAAUGGACUGAAAUGCAGCAUUUGCUUGCAGUGUUGCCAGUGCAAAGACUGUAACGCUAAGUUCUACAGGGCACAGUAAUCAUAGUAUUUCUUUAUAAAAGCAUGACAGCUGCUCACUAUGAGCUCCUGAAUGCAGCAGAGCCUUCAGUGUGAAAUAACAUCCUCAUUUAACUUGGUAUGAGAUACAGUGGUCCCUCUACUUACGAAAUUAAUCCGUUCCGAAUGCACAUUUGUAAGUCGAAAAAUUCGUAAGUCGAAAAGCGGUUUCCCAUAGGAAUGCAUUGGGAACGGAUUAAUGCGUUCCGGAGCCUAGAAAAAAGACCCAGACCCCCAGUAAGGCUUGCAAACUGCACAGGAACAUUUCUUUUCAAGAAUAAACAGGCAGUAAACAGGCAGGCAAGUCAAGGAAACCGCAUGUAAAAUUUGUAAGUCGAGGAAACCCCAUCUAAAAAUUUGUAAGUCGAGGAAACCCCAUCUAAAAAUUUGUAAGUCGAAAAAACCGCAUCUAAAACCGGAUCUAAAACUGCCGUUUGUAACUCGAAAAAUACUUAUGUCGAGUAGUUUGUAAGUCGAGGGACCACUGUACAGCAAAGUACAAUGCUAAAGUUAUACAUUCAUUGUUGUCCUCAGUUGUGUGAUAAAUUAAGAUCUGCAUCUAAGAUCUAAUUAAGAUCUGUAUCUAAGAAAUUAAGAUGCAUCUCUUCUCACACAUACACACACAGUACAAUCAUGAUUUAUAAUUCCUGUGCCCUGUUAUCUAGUGCUACAAGGUCUCUCUCUUUAUACACGCACACACACACACACUUUUCUUUUUUCCCUCCUGUCUUGUUUACAUUAAACAGAAGAUGUUCAGUAAACCUUCCCUGUUGAACUUUGUGUAGUUCACUUGAUGACAACAUUUGCCAAGGUAUAAUAGACCCAUGGGGAAUGGUUGGAAUGGCCAUGUUACAGUAUACACAGCGUUAACUUGUGUCAGCAACUUUAAUUCAGACACGUUUUGUGGUUAAAAAGCAUGCAUGAAGGAUUAAAAGGGAUACAGUAUUCUUAAAAAUAAAUUAAUAUAAUUUAAACCAA